AUGGCAGUUAAGCAAGGCGGGAAACAAGGCACGGGCUCAGGCUCCGCAGGGCCCGCGGGCACCCUGGCUGGGCUGCAGCCGCUGAGGGAGGAGAUCCAGCAGAUCCAGCAGAUCCAGCACGGCCCCCACAUCCACACCCACACCCACACGCCCGGGCGGCGGGGCCGAGGCGCGGCGGAGCACGCAGGCGCCGGUGCGGGCCGCCGCGGCCCGAGGGCGAUGGCCGGGACCUCGGCUCCCAGCCCCGCGGGCCCCCGGGGCGGCGACGGCGACGGGCCUCCGGGGCUCGGGGAGCCGGGCCACUGCCGCCGCAUCCUGGUGCGAGAUGCCAAAGGGACCAUCCGGGAAAUUGUCCUGCCUAAGGGCUUGGACCUGGACAGACCCAAGCGGACCCGCACGUCCUUCACAGCUGAGCAGCUAUACCGCCUGGAAAUGGAGUUCCAGCGCUGCCAGUACGUGGUGGGCCGUGAGCGCACUGAGCUGGCCCGCCAGCUGAACCUCUCCGAGACCCAGGUCAAGGUCUGGUUCCAGAAUCGCCGCACCAAGCAGAAGAAAGACCAGAGCAGGGACCUGGAGAAGCGGACGUCCUCCUCGGCCUCCGAGGCCUUUGCCACCUCCAACAUCCUGCGGCUGCUGGAGCAGGGCCGGCUGCUGUCCGUGCCCAGGGCGCCCGGCCUCGUGGCGCUGAGCCCUGGCCCUCUGGGCCUGCCUGCCGGCCACCAGGGCACCUCGCCGGGAGACCCCAGGAAGUCCUCCCCGUGCCUCAACCCCCUGACCUCGGCCUCCGCGUCCCCGCCGCUGCCACCGCCUCCGCCAGCCCUCUGCUUCUCCUCUGCCCCCCUCCUGGACCUCCCUGCCUGCUGUGAACUCGGUUCCUCGGCCUUCGAGCCCUACAGCCGGCUAGAACGGAGAGUGGGCAGCCCUGGUGGUGGCAAAAAAGCCAACGUUUAG